CACAGACACAUACACGGACCUCAGAACAAAGAUAAGGCAAACAGUGGAGCACAGGAGAGACGGGAGGAAGACCGACCUCAGGAAAAGGAUCACAGACAAAUAAGGCUGGGGGGGAAGAAACAGCUAAUCAAAGCCAAAGCACCCAAGGCAGAAACAUGAGGUGGCUUUGGCUGUGUUCUCUAUGUGCCCUUCUGCUGAGGGCUUUCAGUAGCACCGUGGAACUGAACGAUCUGUUUGGGGAGAUCCAGUCGCCCAGCUAUCCAGAAUCCUACCCCAGUGACUCCGAAAUGAUCUGGAAUAUCACAGUCCCAGAGGGUUUCCGGAUCAAACUCUACUUCAUGCACUUUGACCUGGAGUCCUCCUACCUCUGUGAAUAUGACUAUGUGAAGGUAGAAGCAGAAGAUCAGGAGUUGGCCACCUUUUGUGGGAAGGAAACUACAGACACAGAACAAGCACCUGGACAGCAGGUGGUCCUAUCCCCAGGUCCCUUCAUGUCCAUCACUUUUCGAUCAGAUUUCUCCAAUGAGGAGCGUUUCACAGGCUUUGAUGCUCAUUACACAGCCGUGGAUGUAGAUGAGUGCACUGAAAAGAGCGAUGAGGAGCUGUCCUGUGACCAUUAUUGCCACAACUACAUAGGUGGCUACUACUGUUCCUGCCGCUUUGGCUACAUCCUCCAUUCUGACAACCGGACUUGCAGAGUGGAGUGCAGUGAUAACCUCUUCACCCAGAGGACGGGAGUGAUCACCAGCCCUGACUUCCCCAAUGCGUAUCCCAAGAGUUCAGACUGCCUUUACAGGAUUGAGCUGGAAGAGGGAUUUGUGCUCAGCCUGCAGUUUGAGGACAGCUUUGACAUAGAAGACCACCCUGAGGUGUCAUGCCCCUAUGAUUAUGUCAAGAUUAAAGCUGGCCAGAAAGAGUUCGGGCCUUUCUGCGGAGAGAAAUCCCCAGGACACAUAGAGACCAAAAGUAACAGCAUCCAGAUUCUGUUCCACAGUGACAACUCCGGGGAAAAUGGAGGCUGGAAGCUCUCAUACACUGCAACGGGGAACUCAUGUCCAGGCUUGCGGCCCCCCACCAAUGGGAAAAUUGAGCCCUCCCAGGCCACAUAUUCCUUCAAAGACCAGGUGGUCAUCAGCUGUGAUACUGGCUACAACGUGCUGAAGGAUAACGUAGAGGCUGAUACAUUCCAGAUCGAGUGCCUGAAGGAUGGAACAUGGAGUAACAGGAUUCCCACCUGCAAAAUUGCAGACUGCAAAGCCCCUGUCAACCUGGAGCACGGAUCUGUCACCUUUUCCACCAGGGACAACCUCACCAUAUACAAAUCAGAGAUCCACUAUUCCUGCCAGCAGCCCUAUUACAAGCUGUUCCCAAACAUCACUGGCACAUAUACAUGUGAAGAUAAAGGGGUCUGGAAGAAUGAAGAGUUGGGGAGCAAACUACCCACUUGCCUACCAGUGUGCGGCCAGCCGGCCCGCUCCUUGCCCAGCCUAGUCAAGCGGAUCAUCGGGGGCCGUGGGGCGGAGCCGGGCUUCUUCCCCUGGCAGGCCCUGAUCGUAGUGGAGGAUACCUCGCGGGUGCCCAACAACAAAUGGUUCGGGAGCGGAGCUCUGCUCUCCGAGAGCUGGGUGCUGACGGCCGCCCAUGUGCUGCGCUCUCAGCGGCGAGACCAUACUGUCAUCCCCGUCUCCAAGGAGCACGUCACAGUGUACCUGGGCCUACAUGAUGUGCGGGACAAAUCGGGCGCCGUCAACCGCACGGCCGCUCAGGUCAUCCUGCACCAGGACUUCGACAUCCGGACCUACAACCACGACAUCGCUCUGGUCCAGCUGACGGAGCCCGUGCCCCUGGGGGCCCACGUCCUGCCAGUCUGCCUCCCGGAGCCCCAGCCGGAGGGCCCGCUCCCGCACACCCUGGGGCUCGUGGCCGGCUGGGGGAUCUCCAAUCCCAACGUGACCGUGGACGAGAUCAUCAGCAGCGGCACGCGGACCUUGUCCGACGUCCUGCAGUACGUCAAGUUGCCCGUGGUGCUGCACGCCGAGUGCAAAGCCAGCUACGAGUCCCGCUCCGGAAACUACAGCGUCACCGAGAACAUGUUCUGCGCCGGCUACUACGAGGGCGGCAAGGACACCUGCCUGGGGGACAGCGGCGGGGCCUUCGUCACCCAGGAUCCCAGCAGCCAGCGCUGGGUGGCCCAGGGGCUGGUCUCCUGGGGCGGCCCUGAAGAAUGUGGCAGCAAACAGGUUUACGGGGUCUACACCAAGGUCUCCAACUACGUGGGCUGGGUACGAGAUAAACUGGGCCUCCCCGAUGCCCUGGGGGAGCCUGAACCGGAGUGAUGAACCCCCAUCCCGGUGGAUGUGCCAUCGGACUCUCGGAAAUCUCGGCUCCUGUUCCAUGAUGAGACGCUCCCCACCUAUACACUCCAGUCGUUCCCGGAUGCAUGUCACACUUUGAAAGAGAAAGGGUCUCCUACAGGCUAGAAAGCCUGGGGGUCUGUGAGUGUCCAUUCUCUCACACCAACCGGAUCAGGUUUCUCUGAACCUAAAGGGUCUGUUGGACUUAGCUCAACCCCUUCUGUACUUCACUCCGUAGUCCACUGAAGUUACCGGCACCGUGGCAGGGCCUGUGGGCUUUGAGCCUGUGGCCCACUCUACGGGCGGGAAGCUGGGGUCCCACGCAUGUCUGUGUCUCCUUUCCCUCCCCACCCUCCUGCCUCUUCCCCACAAGGUGUUGUGGCUUCUCUGAGUUUAGAAAUGAGUGAGUCUCAGGCUGUGCGGUCUGCAGGUGCUGCCGACUCUCGGCUGACUUUGAUGGGGAGCCAAACUUCAAAUCCCCACAUGCUAAUUUGCACUCAGAUUGGCACUUCCACUGAGAGAACAGAGAGAUAAUCAGGCAAGCUGCAUCUCAGGUAGUUCUCCUACUGUGACUGUAAUCCCAAGCUCCCUCUGGGAAUGUGGCAGCAGAUGACACCAAUUUAAUCCAUUCAGUCAUAUUUAUUGAGUGCUUACUAUGUGCAGAGCACUGACUAAGCGCUUGGGAGAAUAAGAUAUAAAAAUAAACAGACACAUUCCCAGACCACAGUGAGCUGACAGUCAAUUAAUGAAUUUCUUUUUCACCUAGGUCAGCUGGCUCCAAAUUCCAAAGGCAGCCACAGGAUCUCAAUGGUAGAUGGACCAGUAGAUGGAGAAUCAAUCAAUCAAUUGAACAAACAAUCAAUCAAUUGUAUUUAUUGAGCACUUACUGUAUGC